AUGUCUCUCAAAUUAACUCUCGAAGAAACCGCUGCCGGCUGGAUCUCGGAUCUAGAAAGCCGUUCGCUAGACAAUGUCGUAUCGCGGUGGACUGAUGACAUCCAUUACACUCUCCACCCAGAUGUUGAGGGGGUUUUCCCAAUGACUAGGGAACAAUUCCGAACAUACGAUAGAGCCGCAGGCUUCUUCAAGCUUUUGAAAUGGUUCAAGAUUAGCAUCAACGAGAUGUUCACAGAUGAAGAGAAAAGGACAGUCACGAUGCUUUGCAGCAGCAAGGGCGAAUUAGAAGCCGGUCCAUAUGGUACUGACUAUGUCUUCGUGCUUACCAUGACAGAGGAUGGAACAAAGAUCAAGAAGCUGUCGGAGUGGCCGGACUUUCACAAAGUGCAGACGGUACUCAGCAAAACCCUGGCCUAA